CUCCUGCUCCUGCUCCUGCCGCUCGGACCCGCCGCGGUGUCGGGAAGCCAAGGCUGCGAGAGCAAGCGCCACACCUCCCUGGGCGAAUGCUGCCAGGUCUGCGGCCCCGGCUUCGGGGUGUCUGUCCCCUGCGGCGGUGCCGACACCCAGUGCGAGCCCUGCAGAGCGAACGUGACGUUUUCCUCGGUCAGCAGCGCCACGGAGCCGUGCCAGCCAUGCUCCACAUGCGCGGAGCAGGCAGCUGAGCUGUGUACCCCCACCAGCGACACGGUGUGCGCCAGCCCAUGCGCCCGCGGGCACUACCUGCAGGCCGGCAACGGGACCGGCGGCCAGUGCCUCCCAUGCCAAGUCUGCCCCGAGGGCUUCGGUGCUGUGAGGCCGUGCGGGCCAGCUCACGACGCCGUCUGCAGCACGUGCCCGGACGGUUUCUACUCGGAGGAGAAGAGCUCGGUGAUGCCCUGCCUGCCCUGCCAGCCGCAGUGCAACGAGAGCAAGGUGAUGAUCCGCCCCUGCAGCCCGCUCUCGAACACGCUGUGCAUGGACAAAGACCUGCAGAUCCUGAAGCGCGGCGAGGGCGAUCCCCGCAAGGAGCUCCCCAGGAAGCCGCCGCUGCCCGAGGACAACAGCAAGAACAUCAUCCCCGUGUACUGCUCCAUCCUGGCCGCCGUGGUGGUGGGGCUGCUGGCCUACGUGGCUUUCAAGUGCUGGAACACCUGCAAGCAGAAGCAGCAGCUGGCCAAAGCCCGGGCCGGGGAGCUGGGGGGCUCCCCCGAGGGCGAGAAACUGCACAGUGACAGCGGCGUCUUCCUGGACACGCACAGCCUGCAGGAGCACCAUCAGCUCAACAAGGCGCCCAAGGCCGAGCCCCGGCUGUACAUCAACCUCCCGCCCCACAAGCAGGAGGAGGUGGAACAGCUGCUGGAAAGCCCCAGCCACAGCAAGGACUGGCGCUAUCUGGCCAGCCAGCUGGGCUACGAGGACGAAGCUAUCGACACCUUCGGCAGGGGCGAAGCCCCGGCUCACACCCUCCUCUCGGACUGGUCUGCCAAGGAGGGGGCCACGCUGGAGGCCCUGUGCGCCGCGCUGGCUGGCAUCGAGCGGCCAGACGUGGUGGACAACUUGACCGGCCCGGCAGAGGCGAGCUCGGUGGUGUAAUGGCAUCUCGCGAGGGCGGGACUAGCAAGAGGCG